AUGCCAUCAGGAACUGAUAACACUGUAGAGGAGGGCACUCUGAGUGAGGAGUGCAUUCUGCGUGUCUCGCGUCAGUACGACGUGGAGAUGGUGUUUCAGAUCUCACUUUGUUCACGAGGUCUCCGGUCGUUGGGUGAUGGUUUUGCUCGUUGCCUUGCGCUGGUGCGUGUUGAUGUCUCGCGAAAUUGCCUCACUAGUCUUGAAGGGAUUGCCCUGCUUGCUGGCUCGCUGAGGUACAUAAACGCUUCGGAGAAUGAAGUGGAAGAUCUGGCAGGCGUUGACCGCUGCUCGCUUCUGGAGGAGGUCCGUUUGGAAGGAAACCAGCUGAGCAACGAGAUGGCAAUUGUGCCCUUGGCGCAGCUCCCAAACCUCCGUUCUCUUUUUCUGCAGCGGGAGAUGCCUCUCUCUGGCGACACGCACGAAACACUUCUCCUCGAAAACCCCAUUUGCCGCGAUAAAGGGGCAUAUGAUAAAAUCCUUCAGCGGCAUUUCGCUUCUGUCCUCUGCGUUGAUGGUCGUUGCUUUCGCCACCCUUCACCGAGGGAAGUUGUGGCUGAGACUGCGGUGUUGCCAUCAUCGACUCCGCCACCCUCAGGAACUGCAUUGGAUAAAAAAUUAGACACGGAAGAUGAUUUGGGCGAGCGUAUCUUCGCUAACGCCGUGGCGGAGUGUCGCGCCGCGUGUCGAAAGGCGUUGAUUUAA